AUGACCAACAACAACUACUCGCCACCCCUCUCACCAAGAACAACACUCUCAGCCUCAACCCAGAACCAGCAGACCAUCCCCACCCUACCACAUGACAUCAUUGCUGCUGCCCACUGUCUAGCACCACUCGAUGACCUCCAUCUAGCCCAUCUGGUCAACGAACUCAAACCACCAACACCAGUCUGGUCGAUCUACAACGACGACCCCUCUUCAUCGGGCGGCCCAGUGAUCGAGUCGAACGACAGGCUGAGAACCGACGAGCUGGCCGACCUGCCCGCACCCGAGGCCGAACGAUUGCAUGCCGCAUACGAUAUCGAGGACCAUCUCGACUGCACCCCUGAUCGAUUGCUGGUCUACGGCCCAUCCACUCCACUGGCCGAGCUACUCAGACAAGUCAAGGAACUCCUAAUCAAGAACAGAUCCAAAUCAUCAGCCACCCUCAAUCGCAACCAGAACAAUCAAAAUCAACAUCAUCUGGGCUUAUCGUCGUCCUAUGGCCAAUCGACCAACCAAGUCUAUGUGGCAAGAGUUUGGUUUCAGCCUCACGAGGGCACCGAUGGCCUGUACAAAUGGGCUAAGGGUGGCGCCGAUCUGAUUAGGUUCGAGAUCGCCAAUGAUCUCGAGACCAGCGCAGACAUCCAAUCUCAACCAGUCAUCAUCAAUUGGUCUCCCGUCGAAGUCGCUCUGUCUCAAGCCUUAGAGGUGGGUCAUCAGCUGUUGGCCUUACUACACUCUCGGCAAUUCACGGAGAUCUUGGGAACGAUCGAAGAGGAGUCUGCGGAGUUUCGAGCGAUCAAUCCGAUUGUCUGGCUUGUCGACCCGGUAGAAUACGCCCAUGCCCAACUGCGAGAGACAACCGAAUGGGGCUGGUCCGAACACCAUGUCGAGCUGAAUUCUUCAAACCCUCCUCGUCGUGCUUGCACUAGCUGUCCCAGUUCCAACUCCAGUGCUUCUUCGACUACCACCCGUGACUCCAGUCGACGAGUUUCCAAGUCACAGUUAUCUCACGAACUCUGUCCUCUAGACCAUCCUGAUAAUCAGCCUCAGUCGCCACCAUCGGGCUCACAUCCUACUGCUCCACCUACUUCCUCCUCUAGCGUUCCCUUACACUCCAAACUGGCUGCCAAAAGUCUCAGCGAUGAUCUGCCCAGCUGGCUGGACGAUUUAUUAGAUCGAAGGCUGCCCCGUCUCCUAUCGUUACCGGACGGCUGCCUGUCACACGAGUUGCUCAACUCAGCCCAUCCAGUCAACAUCCUCAACAAUCCACAGCUGUCAAGACUUCCGCCGGUACCCUUUACGCUAUCGUCACCGCCAUCGGAGCAGGGUGGGUCUGGCCAUGAAGUCGCCUCACCCGCCUUGCCGUCGAAGAUGGGCAGUUUGAGAUGGCCGACUCUAUCGGCCGUGGGCUCGCCAAGCCGGCCGUUCGGGAUUGAUCAACGCUCGCUCGCCAACUCGGUCCCCUCGUUCGACCAACACUACAUCCCCAGUCCCGGUCUUGCCGGCUCCCUCCGCCAUGGUCAGACUAAUACCCUCCGCUACUACCCCUGUAAGGCCUGUGCCGAACACGCCUUCAAACUCGCCCUCUCUCACAAACUCAACGAGGAGAAACGCCGAAACCACUUGCCCCGCUCUGUCCCCAUGCGUCCUUCGCGUAGCUCCCAAGUACAUCCCCACUCCCAUCCUCACUCUCACCACCAUCACCACCACCACCAUCAUCAACAACAACACCAUCAUCAUCGGAAAGGGAGCAGGAAUGGAAGCACUUGUCAUACUGAAUGGCCCCCGAUCGAUCAGUCCGCUGGAGGACCAUCAUCAUCCUCUCCUCCCCCACCGCCGUCUGCUUCUUCUUCUUCCGCCGCUCCGACUUCUGCUUCUUGUCCAUCUAACCUCUCACCACCCUCGAGUCAUACCUUCGAUUGUCGACAAAGCCUUGCUACUAUCAUCGAUCAUCAUGUUCUUCCUCCUAAUCCAAAGAGCGAUUCUCAGCUUACACUGGCGAUCGACAACUCUUCUUCUUCGUCAUCGAUUACCGCUAUCGAUCUUAAUACCAAUACUAAUACCAAUACUCACAAGAACACGGAUAUGAAUACCAAUACGAAUACCAAUGUGAAUGCGAAUACUAAUGCCUCAAGAAUCAUCAAUCAUCGUGAGCCUGUGAUCGGACUGGGAGUCAAAGGCAAAGCAUUGAAAGAAGCCAUGGAUCGCGAACAUGAUGAGUUCAUCAAGCAACACCACCACCAUCUCAACCAUUCUCUCUUGAGGGCGACGACAAUGGAGGAGGAGUGUCCGGCUCGGAUGGACCGGUUUUCGGGCCAUACUUGGGACGAAGGCGAGGCUGUUGAAGAUUGA